AUGACGAAGUGUAUGUUCGUGGCGUGUCUCACGUCGCCGACGGAGAGUCGCGAGCAGCAGCACGUGUUGCUGCGCAAGCAGCUUAUCAAGAGCAAAAUGUGUCACGAGGUCGGACUGGUGAACGUGCCUCACAACCUGAGAUUCACCACGUUCGACGACCUCCUGAUGUGCGCUGACGAACUGGAGAAGCAGGAUCCAAUCGUCGAAACGGUGCUCAAGCGCUCAGAGACAUUGUUGAGAAGCGUCGACAACAGCGCGCUCACCAUCCACUUCCAGGGACGGCAGGUGGCCAUCGAGACCUACCUAUCCCGUUUCCUGUGGGAUGACGGCAGGUUCCCACGGUACUGCACGGUGGCGGAGAACCUGCAGACGCUCGUGCAGCUAGUGAAGAAGCUUGACGACGACGUCAUGAACAAGGCCAGCGCGUACGCUGACCUCAACAACAGACGCCUGGCCAUGAAGAACGAGGCUGAGAACGCGUACUUGUACCGUGAUCUCACAUACUUGAUCACUCCGGACGUGGUGGACGAUCCACAGGAUUACAUUGACACGGAGCACCUGACCACUCUGGUGGUGUUCGUGCCCAUCAGCACGGAGGGCGAGUGGCUUUCCAGCUACAUGACUUUAAGCGAGAUGGUGGUGCCCAACAGCGCAAAGAAGAUCAACGUCAACUGCUCUAGGCACACUGUGUGGCGCGUGCUGCUGUUCAAGUCGCAGAUGAAGCACUUCAUAGAGGAGUGCGAAAAUCGGGGCUAUAUCGCGAAGCAGUUUAUAUACUCAGAGGAGCGCUACCGCGCCAUCCUAGAGGAGCGCAGCAAACUCGAGACCGAGUCGCACCGCCAGGAGGCGUUCCUCUCGCGUAUCUACCGGGUGGCGUUCUCAGACAUAUUCACCUGCUGGAUACAUCUGAAGGCCAUGCGGGCCUUUUGCGAGGCGGUGCUCAAGUUCGGGCUCCCGGUCAACUUCGCCUGCUUCUCCGUAUGGCCUACGGAUCGCGCCGACGCGGAUACGCUCAAGAAGACGCUGGACUCGCUGCUGCCGCGGAGAAAGGGCGACAAGAGCUCCGGAUCACACGCGCCCAGCGAGUUCGAGGGCGAGACCGAGUAUGACUCUUUCGUCAGCUUCACGUUUAACGUAGUUGGCUACUGA